GACCGGAUGUUGACAAAUUUCAUGUCACUGUUGUUCUUAGAAGGUCGUUUGUUUGUGUGAAGAUUUCUUAUCUGGGAUCUCUCUCUCUUCUCUCUUCUCUCAAAAUCCCCCCUUUUUUUUUUCUCCCAAAAAAACAAAACCUUCAUUUCAUUCUCUUCUGCUUCUACUCCGUAUCAGAGAGAGAAAGAGAGAGUUACCCACUCUGACUUAUUAGAUCGAAAUCGAACGAUCUAACUUCCUUCAAUGUAAUUGCUGCUUUCAGCUAACCCUUUUUUUUGUAUUUUUGGUAUAGUUCGAGUCAAAAGGCCUCUCAAUUUUUAAUUGAUUUUUUUUUCUUAGAUUCUUGAGUGUUGAAUGGUAGAAUCCAUGGCGGAUUCUUAAGUGCCGGUCAUAUGAGGAUGUGGCUCUGAGGGAUGGGAACCAAAGUUCAGAAUCUCCCAGGAUACUACUCAAUGAGAGAUCUUAAUGAGGAAUCCAGCAGUUGUGGCUGGCCGCUAUUUUAUGGGGAUAAUAAAGCACUGGUAAAUGGGCAGUACUAUCAUGAUUAUAUGCCAAGUGCUACUACAGAUGCAUGUUCAGCUUAUGAAAAGGAUGCUGUGAAGCAGACAAUGCUUGAGCAUGAGGCCGUAUUUAAGAAUCAGGUCUUUGAACUUCACCGUUUAUACAGAAUACAAAAGGAUUUGAUGGAUGAAGUUAAAAUGAAAGCAUUACACAGGAACCAGAUACCUGUUGAGACAUCAUUUUCCGCAGGUCCAUUGGCAUCUAGAAUAACAUCUGAAGAUGGUAAAAGAUGGAAUAUUCCUGGAUUUCUCACAGGAAGUUCUAAUUGUGCCAAAACAUCUGUUUCAGGCAUUGAGGGUACUUGUUCCCCUUCAAGUUCGAAUAAAGGAGCAAAUAAGCAAGCUAGUCUGUUUCCGUCCCCAAAUGGGAGUAGUUCAAAAGAUGUUGAGGUGCUGGAGUCCAGACCCUCAAAGGCGAGGAGAAAAAUGUUUGACCUUCAUCUCCCUGCUGAUGAGUAUAUUGAUACUGAGGAAAAUGAUAAGCUAAACGAUGAGAAGAUAAGUGGUACAGCAAUAUUUCUUCCUGAAAGAGAUUCCAAACAUGGAAAGGGAGCCGAUGUAAAACCUUUUUUUGGCAAUGGUGGGAACACUGGUAGCCAAGAAGACACUUCAAGAUCUGAGCAGUUUUUAAGGAGCAGAAGUGGUUUGGCUGACUUAAAUGAGCCUGUUCAAGUGGAAGAAACAAAUGAGACUUCAUGUGUUCCGUUUUCAAACCAUAAUCAAUAUCAAGAGGCACCUGAGUGUUCUGAUCUAUCUGCCAAACAGAAGUCAAGGUUUUUUGGUUUGUCCAGGGAAGAAUUGCUAAACUCACAUCAUGGAACUGACAGCUGGGCUCGAAAUAAUGGAUAUUCAGAGAACAAUGGGAAUGGAAAAGGAUGGAUUUCUUCAGUACUGGAGGCAGGGCAUGCUAAAGGAGAUUCAAAAUACAUCCCCCAAGUCCACAAACAAGAGCAUUCCCCUUUAUCUUCCCAAACAAUGAAAGAUGCACUCAGAAAAACUCAUGAGCCUACAUAUGGCUUUCAAAUUAAUCAAAGCAAGGCUGAGUUUUGGAGGGUAAAAAGUGAUUUAGAUACCAGUGAAAGACAUUUUGCAUACUCCACUAAUAAACAUCCAGAGCCUGUUGGAUCAUCACAUAGACCUGGUUUCUUUGCAAUCACCCCUUCCUCUGAUUUAUCCAGGUCUUGGUCUCAUUCACCUUCUUUGGAAAUGGCAAGUGGUAACCUAGGCCAGAAGUUGGUGUCUAUUCAGACUGCGCCAUCUCAAUCCGGUGCCUUGAAUAGGAGUUCCCAGCCACAACAAAGCAAUGGGAUUUUGGGAGAUAGGUGGCAUACAAAUAUUAAUUCAAAGCUUAAUCCAGGUUUUCAAUAUGAUGUACCUGUUCAGAAUGGGUUUUACCCUGGGUCUGCAUCUGGGUCCAAGGAACUUUCAGUGAACAUCUCUUCAAUCAGCUAUGACUAUCUCAACCAUAGUAAUGACUGCAAGAGAAUUCCUGAACACUUCAACAAUGGUUCAGCAAAAUACUUUAAGAGUUCAAAUUCAAAGUGCAAUGACAUGACAUCUGGAAAAGAUAUUAACUUGAAUGUAAUGCUUUCAAACAGCUCAUCCAACAGCUUGGUUAGCCAGUCAGGUCUUGGAAUCAGGAACAGUGAACAGAAACGUGAGGAGCAGCUUGCAGUGUUGCCUUGGCUUAGAGCCAUGUCAACAUGUAAGAAUGAGGUGCAAAAUGCUGAUAGAAGCUUAACUGCUGGAGAAUCAAGUUUUUUGUAUAUUGCUUCUUUAUCUAACAAAGAUGAAAUUAGUAAGGGAUCUGGUGGAGAAUUUUUGCACAAUAUAGCAUCAGGUUUGCGUACUAAUGAUAUUGAGCGAAAGGGGACAGAAAUAUGUGAGGGCUCUACUGUUAAGAAAAUUCUUGGUGUUCCCAUAUUUGAUACGCCUCAAGUUUCUCCUAAGGAGCCAACUUCACUGACUUCUCCCUCCUUAUCAGUUCCUAAGCCAUCUGGACUGCAAUUACUGAAAAAUAAUGGGAAAAACUGGCUACUUGAUAUUAACUUGCCUUGCGACGAUGAUGUUAUUGAGUUGGACGAUGAAGCUGUCACUGAAACUUUUGUUAGUAAGAAAGGAUCUCCUGCAACAGGAGGCAGCUCUAGAAAUCAGAUUGAUCUUAACUUGAGUAUGAGUGAGGAUGAAGAAUUUGUGACACCUCCAACCACCAAUGUAAAUACAAAGGCAGAAAUAGAUCUUGAGGUCCCUGCUCUUCCUGACACAGAGGAGGAUGCCACUCCUGAAGAAAGGCAGAUUGAAAUUCCUGAAGUAUUAAUACCAGGCCCACCAAACAUGGACGAACAGCAGCAGGAUGAAGUUAUAAAGUGUGCAGCAGAGGCUAUCGUUGUCAUGUCAACUCUUUGCUGCAGUCAGGUGGAUGAUGUGAUCAGUAUUCCAUCAGGAAGUCCAAUGGAGGACCCACUAAGUUGGUUUGUGGAUUUCGUGUCGUCAUGUGUAGAUGAUCUGGAGAGAAAGCUUGACAAUUCAAGGGAACAAGAUGGUGAGGAUAAUGAAGAAUCUUUCUCAGGGGAAAUCGAUUACUUUGAGUCCAUGACAUUGAAACUGGCAGAGACUAAAGAAGAGGACUACAUGCCCACGCCUCUUGUUCCGGAAGACUUUAAAGUGGAAGAAUCUGGAACAACAUCAUUACCUAGUCGCACGCGAAAGGGGUCGGCAAGGAGAGGAAGGCAGCGGAGGGACUUCCAAAGGGACAUCCUUCCAGGCCUCACAACUUUGUCGAGGCAUGAAGUAACCGAAGAUCUUCAGAUAUUUGGAGGGCUUAUGAGAGCAACGGGUCAUUCAUGGCAAUCAGGGUUAACCAGGAGAAGCUCUUCUAGGAAUGGAGGUGGCAGGGGAAGGCGGCGGGUACAGGUCCCCCCAUCUCCCCCUCCACCUCCACCUCCACCUCCACCCCCACCCCCAUCCCAACUUCCACCAAUGGUGACAAUUGAAAAUUGUACCCCACUGAUACAUCAACUUAACACUAUUGAAGUGGGAUUGGAGGAUAGAAGCUUAACAGGUUGGGGCAAGACAACUAGAAGGCCGCGAAGACAGCGUUGCCCGGCGGGUAAUCCUCCAACGAUCCGGUUAAUCUAAUCACUGUAAGAGUCUUUAAAUAUAUAGAUGAGAAUUAUAGAGGGUAAGCAGGCCCUUUUCCUGUAUUGAUGGAUAGAAGGAACGCAUGAUGUUCUCAAGCACGGGUAUUUCUCUUUGUACAUUUCAUCAACCCGUAUUUGGGUAUUAUAUGUUUGAGUGUGACUUGUUAGUCAUGCUGUGAUAGAUACCAACUUGUACUAUUCUUAAAUAAUGUUGCAUGAUUUUUUUUUUUUUUUUUUAUGUCUGACUCUAUAUUGAGAUGUAUACCAGUGAGUAGCUUCUCUGUUCUCACUUGGAUUCUUAAUUAGUGAUUUUUAGUUGCAUUGCAUACAAGGAUGCAUGCUUGAAUUAUAUAGCCUCCACCAAAAAGGACUUUUUGGCUCCUUAGCUUAUGAAAUGGAUAAUAGUAGAUGACAUUAUUGUUCUGAAACUCAGUCUUCUAUAAUUGUGUUUUAAGGAUUCAAUUAUC